CUGAGCGUCCCGGCUGCGACUUUCUCUUCUCUCAGCCUCUUUUGAAGAGGCGAUGAGGAGAAGGCAGCCUUCACCCCGCUGAUACCAGGACGUCUGGGAUUUGUUCUCUGGUGGGAUCAUAUUUGUCUGCAUCCAGGGACAAACAAACAAUCCGCAGCGGACUUGGCAGAUCCAUCAAUCGGAUGAGAGCAGAGCCAGGCCCAACUUAACAAUGGGCCCCAUCCCCCUGUGUCUCCUGCUCCCGGUGACGGUGCUGGCUGUGGUGGCGGCUGUGGCGGCCGACCCGUACGUGGUCAAUGACGAGUACACCUGGCCCCAGUGGAAGGUGCCUCUGGUGAGGAAGAGACGCACCGUGAGUCUCAGCAGCCCCAGCUUCUCGGCUCAGUCUCAAUCCGAGCUGAGCGGGACCUGUGGGAUCGAGUGCCAGCGUCGCCUUCCCUCGCCCAGUCUGGACGACUUGGAGCAGCUCCUGUCCUACGAGACGGUCUACGAGAACGGCACCCGCACGCUUACCUCAGUGUCAGUGCAGGGCCUCAACGAGGUGACGGCCUGGUCCAGGAACGCCUCGUCGAGCACCCGCCACAAACGGGAGGUUUACGGCACAGAUACUCGCUUCACCAUCGCGGACAAGCAGUUCUCCACCAAAUAUCCCUUCUCUACAUCUGUGAAGAUCUCUACGGGAUGUUCUGGAGUUCUGGUGUCACCGAAACACGUGCUGACCGCUGCCCACUGCAUCCACGAUGGGAAGGAUUAUCUAGAUGGAGUGCAGAAGCUUCGCGUUGGUAUCUUGAAGGAGAAGUCCAGGCGAGGGAAGGGAGGAAAGGGAAGAGGAGGACGAGGGAGGGGACGAAGAAGAAAGGGAGACAAAGGUAAAGAAGAAGCAGAGGAGAAGGAGGAGAAUGGUGGGAAAGGGGAUCGGAAAGGAAAAGGGAAAAGCAGGAAAAGCCGGAGUCGGCGGAGCACAGAAUCAGAGAAACCCUCAUUCAGGUGGACCAGAGUGAAACAGACGCAGGUUCCUAAAGGUUGGUUCAAAGGUGUGUCUGACGGACUGGCUGCGGAUUAUGACUACGCUGUUCUGGAGCUGAAGAAGGCCCCGAAAGUCAAGCACAUGGACCUUGGUGUUAUCCCCUCGGUGAAAAAGCUCCCUGCCGGUCGGAUCCACUUCUCCGGCUUCGAUGACGACCGUCCGGGAAACUUGGUCUACCGGUUCUGCUCCGUGUCCGAGGAAUCCAAGGAUCUCAUGUACCAAUACUGCGACGCCAAACCCGGCUCCAGCGGCUCCGGCGUGUACAUCCGCCUCAAAGAGCCCGGCAAGAAGAAGUGGAAGAGGAAGAUCAUCGGGGUGUUCACUGGUCACCAGUGGGUGGACGUUAACGGCGACGGGAUGCAGCAGGAUUACAACGUGGCGGUGAGGAUAACGCCCCUCAAAUACGCUCAGAUCUGCUACUGGGUCCAUGGGGACUCCAGUGAGUGCCAGGUAGCCUAAGACAACACAGGACCCCCAACUCCCCCACCCCCCACCCCCCACCUCAUCGUUUACCCAGCACCCCCUGACUCAGCGUCCAUGCUGUAAGACUCCCAAGACAACCAGGGGCCCGACGACUGCCUCUUCUCGCCCUGCCUUCCCAUCAACCUCCUGUGCCUCACCCGACACUGACCAACACACACACACACACACACACACACACACACACACACACUCAACACACAGCCACCCAGACUCAGCGUUGACAACAACAGGAACUCAUCAGCGCAUCAAGAGAACUGUGGCUCUUCAGCUUUUCUAAUUUAUUUGCAAAAAAAUGACACAGAAAAAAAAAUAUUGUAUGUAUGUGCAGCUCUGCGGAUCCUUUUGACUUGUUUUUCUUUAAAAAAAAAUAUUUGGGGGACAUCUUUAGGUCCAAUGUUGGAAGGGCUAAAAGUGAUACAUUCAUAUUCCUACUAGUCUAGAAAGUUGAUUUCCACCACUGUAGAAAAGAAAAAGUGUAUUUGCUUUGACAAAAGUCCCAGGAAAAUUAUUAUUAUUUUGCAAAGGAUCUAAAUGAAGAUACUGAGAUUACUCUUUUUUUAUAAACAUUUUAAUUGCUGGUCUUUUGCUUUGUGUAUAUCUAGAACGUUUUUUACAACUACAUUUUUUUUUUAAAGACUUUUUUUUUUCUCUGUCUAAAUAGAAAAAGGCUCCUCCUGGAUCCUGGAUAGAAGCUUGCUUUUUCUGAUUUGUGUGUUUUUCGUCUUUUUUCUUCUUGCAAAGCAGUGAAAUGUGGUUUCAUUGUUGUGCACAUAAUGAUAUCGGUGCUUGUCCAGAAGACGUGGUGCUAAUUUAUAGAAUAUAAACUUUUUUUUGGGGUGGGAGAAUGGGGUGGGAGGGGAGACUCUUCAGAAUAUAUUUUGAUAGCCUAGUACUGUAACUUUGUAUUUAAUGUGAGGCUACAUAGCGGGGUUGUGUUAAUACGGGACUGAACCAUUCAACAAUUUACUUGAGCUGUUCAUAUUUCUCGAAUUCUGGAUUGUGAAUUCUAAAAGAUGACAUUUGGAUCGUGAUAUUUUUGAUUUUCACGUUGCUUGUUUUCCAAACAAAUAAAUAAAAAUGAAAAUCACAAGUGGCUUUUCGAAUACCAAA